AGGCGCAGCGGGCGGGUUUCCCCAGGCUACAGUUGGGGCCGCCGCCCGCUGGUCCGCCGCCCUGCGCCAUGGCGGGCUGCGCGGCGCGGGCUCCGCCGGGCUCCGAGGCGCGCCUCAGCCUCGCCACCUUCCUGCUGGGCGCCUCGGUGCUCGCGCUGCCACUGCUCACGCGCGCCGGCCUGCAGGGCCGCACCGGGCUGGCGCUCUACGUGGCUGGACUCAACGCGCUGCUGCUGCUGCUCUACCGGCCGCCGCGCUACCAGAUAGCCAUCCGAGCCUGUUUCCUUGGCUUUGUGUUUGGCUGUGGAGUGCUACUAAGUUUUAGCCAGUCUUCUUGGAAUCACUUUGGCUGGUAUAUGUGCUCCCUGUCAUUGUUCCACUAUUCUGAGUACUUAGUCACAGCAGUCAAUAAUCCCAAGAGUCUGUCCUUGGAUUCCUUUCUCCUGAAUCACAGUGUGGAGUAUACAGUAGCAGCUCUUUCUUCUUGGAUAGAGUUCACACUUGAAAAUAUCUUCUGGCCAGAACUGAAGCAGAUCACCUGGCUCAGCGCCACGGGGCUGCUGAUGGUGGUCUUUGGAGAGUGUCUGCGGAAAGCGGCGAUGUUUACAGCUGGUUCCAAUUUCAACCACGUGGUGCAGAAUGAAAAGUCAGAAACCCACACUCUGGUGACAAGCGGAGUAUACGCUUGGUUCCGGCAUCCUUCUUAUGUUGGGUGGUUUUACUGGAGUAUCGGAACCCAGGUGGUGCUGUGUAACCCCAUCUGUGGCGUGAGCUACGCUCUGACAGUGUGGCGCUUCUUCCGCGACCGGACAGAGGAGGAGGAGAUCUCGCUGAUUCACUUUUUUGGAGACGAGUACCUGGAGUAUAAGAAGCGGGUGCCCACGGGCCUGCCUUUCAUAAAGGGGGUCAAGGUGGAGCUAUGAUAGGCCCGGGCGGCCCAGGCCAGGCUGGGGGGCCCCCCCCCACUCCAGGCAGCGUGGGACGGAACUGCUUCCUGUCGGCCACUCUGCAGAACGGACUUUCUUAAAUCAUUUUGUGUGUCACCAGUGACUCUUCUGGAAUAUCACUCAAGAUCAAAUGGUCAGAAGGCCUUAGGACCAAAGGACCCCACUCCCACCCCCACUCCCACCUCCCCGCUGCCCGGGCAGCCUGUUCCCGGGCUGCAUCAAGGUAGGACGUAGAUUAAAGGUGGACAAGAAGCGAAUAACCGCAGUCCUUGGCAGUGACCGCCGACGCGCCUGGGCAGAGCCUAGGCCACACUCCCUCCCCCACGAGGCCAGGGCUGUUAAGUUGUAACCAAGACCCUUGGGGAGAAGUGGGCUCACUCUUGAUGCUGAGUGAGGCUCCUGCAGCAGGAAGGGGUAUGUGGGCACCAGUACUUACUAGUGUUAGAAACCCAUUCAGAAUCCUUACUUUGACCGAAACACACAAACAGCACAGCUUUAACCUCCCUGUUUCUGUCCUUAAGUGCAUGAGCAUCUCUACAAUUUUAAAGACACUUCCUUAUAAGGCACUUUGGCUCUUCAUAUAUCUCAUCAUGUUUACUUACCUGUUUUCAAAAACAGCAGUAUGAACUCAGGGGACUCGCUUGGCGUGUGAGCCCCACCUUUCACUUGGCAGAAAGGCAGCACAGACACCUCCAGAUGACUCAGCUGAUGCUCUGUGUUACCAGGGCUCCCCGGGCCAGGGACACUGUGGGCCCCUGUGGCUUUCCUGGGUCCUGGCUCCUCCCAAAGGGGGCUAUUACCAGUGACAGGCAUGUCAAAGGUGUGUCAUUUCUCCUUUAUCCAAAAAAAUGCUUCCUGGACACCUGCUCUGUGCAAGGCAUUGUUAAACGUUGAGAAAUACUGCUCUCCGUUUACUUGGGGUUUUUUCUUAUUCUAUCAUAGCUUAUAUUUUUGUGUUUUGACUUAAAUCUGUUAACCAUUGAUUUCUAUGUUCUGUUCUCAAAAUUCCAUCGUCCCUAAUGCCAUUUCAAACUAUCUUUUCCAAAGGGGUUUGAGCAUAAACAACUAUGAAAUUCAGGCAAGCCAACUCAUGAAAAAAAUAGGGCAAAUAAUCCCAGCUGAGAUUUAGUCAGUACUUUUGUUUUCCAAGUUCGGGAAGAUUGGCUGGCUUUAUGAAUCAAACAUGUAAGCUUUGAGACCCUUGUUGAAUUCUGGACCAGAGAGCAACUUGCUCUCAGUGUGAAUUCCUUCCAUGCAGUCCUGCAGUGGCACCAACAGAGCGUGAAUCAGAGGUGGCAUCGGCCCCUGGCUGGAGUGCUGCCACGCGACGCGACGCGACGCGACGCGGUUUUCAAGGAGCCACUAAACCUUUCCGUGCCUAGACCUCCCCAUCUGUAGGAUGGGGUCAAUACCACCUACCUCGCAGGGGUCUUGUGAAGACUUAGAAGAACAAUGUCAAACGUUUUUAAUACUUUGGUGACAGAGAUGACAUAAACGAAACCAAUAUUGCAUGAAUUACACAAAAAUGGACAUUUGAUUCACUGUACCAGAUACCGGAAAUGUGUGUUCAAAAAAGCAUUUUACCAACUCAAAAUAUUAACUUAUUUCUAGA